UAAAAUAAAAUAUGUAUUUAGUCAAAUUAUCAAGGCUAUUUAUGCUGGCAAUUAUGCUGUCUGUUGGUUUGUUGAACCGCACAAUAUAUAAAGUAGGAGUGUUGAUGGCUUCGAGAUUGGACUCCCCGUUUGACUUGGAGCGUUGCGGACCAGCCGUAGAUUUGGCCAUGGAGAAAGUCAACAAGAAGUUCCUGGCGCAUCAUAAUGUUGAACUGCAAAAAGUACAGGGCAGUUAUCCAUCAUGUUCUGGUGCGAUUGCUCCUGGAUUAGCAGCGGAUAUGCAUUUCAAAGAUGACGUUAUAGCCUUCGUUGGCCCGGCCUGUGCCUUUGCCUUGGAACCAGUGGCACGGUUGGCUGCGUAUUGGAACACACCCAUCAUAACCGGGAUGGGAGACCAGCCUCCUUCAGAGGGAGAGUUAGCUGCGCCCGCGAGUGUGGUCAGCCGAAUGCACAGGCUUGUCAACUUACGUAAGGGAACUAGGCCCCAAACCCUGUUUAAUGACAAGCAGAAGUAUCCAACCUUGACCCGCAUGUCCUACUGUCAAUGCCGACUUCCUCGUGUCUUCACCAGCAUAUUCGAGAGAUUUGGAUGGUCGCACGUCGCACUGCUAUUGGACAAAUCCGACUUAUUCUCUCUCACAGUAGGUAAAAGUCUGGAAUGGGGUUUGCGUAAAGAAGGUGUCCUGAAAGCCAUUAGAGAGUUGGAUGGAAACGAAAGCGAGUCCUGCGAAGCGCUGCUUAAAGAUGUCAGCAUGUAUGCAAGAGUUGUAAUACUAAGCGUCCGAGGCUCGUUAGUCCGAGAGUUUCUUCUUGCGGCUCAUUCGCUGGGGAUGACGCGAGGUGACUGGGCCUUUCUGGACGUUGAGAUAUUUCAGGGUGGGUAUUGGGGGGAGACGGGUUGGGCGGCGGGCGACGAGCGAGAUGCGGCAGCUCGCGAUGCUUACGAAGCCUUAUUGCGAGUCUCGCUUAAACUACCCACAGGCGACCGUUUUGACGAAUUCGCGGACACGGUCCGAGCAAGGGCUAGGUUACACUAUAAUUACACUUUUUCGGAUGGAGAGGAGGUGAAUUUUUUCAUCGGUGCCUUUUACGAUGGUGUAUACCUGUUAGGGAUGGCCUUGAACGAGACGUUGACUGAGGGCGGAGAUAUUAGAGACGGAAGAAAGAUAACAGGGCGGAUGUGGGGCAGAGACUUCCAUGGUAUCACCGGUCACGUUCGGAUAGACGCGGUUGGCGAUCGGGAUGCUGAUUAUGCGAUAUUAGAUUUGGAUCCUGUGACUGGCAAAUUUGAGGUGGUUGCAUUCUAUCACGGUUUAAAUAUGAUGCGUAUUGAAGCUGAAUUGAAUAACACGGCUUGGCGAGUCAGACCCGAGGAGGUUCUCGUGGAGGUGGGUGCAGGACUUGGAGCUGGUCCAGCGCUGCACAGCAUCAAUGAAGUAUUAAAAGUAUGUGGAAGGCGCCCAAUGAGAAAAACUAACUCAAGCUCUUCCAACGUUGCCCCACAACUUACACUGUCGUCGUUUACUGUCGGCCUUUAUAAAGGGAAUAGGGUGGCUGUUAAGAAAAUACACAGAAAAAAACUUGAUCUCAACAAGAAACUGUUGUGGGAGAUAAAACAAGCUCGUAACGUAUCCCACGAGAACACAGCGCGUUUCAUAGGAGCGUGCGUGGACUGUCCAUUAGUGUUCAUACUUACGGAGUAUUGUCCGAAGGGAUCCUUGAAGGAUGUCCUCGCCAAUGAGGAGUUGCAGCUCGACUGGAAUUUUAGAACAUCGCUGGUGCAUGAUAUUGUUCAGGGAAUGUGCUACUUACAUAGCGGGCUGGGGGCUCACGGAAAAUUGAGAUCUUCAAACUGCCUCAUCGACGGACGUUUCGUUCUCAAAAUAUCAGACUACGGCCUGAACACUCUUUGUACGCCGACGGACUUGAUUAAAGACGACGCCUACUAUUACAAACUACUAUGGACAGCACCGGAGUUGGUGGCCGGCAGCGUGUAUCCUGGAGUCGUUGCGUCACUCAAAGGGGACGUUUACAGUUUCGGCAUUAUUCUAGAAGAGAUUGUUCUACGGUCUGGACCUUUCCAUCACUACACCGCAACUUUGUCAAAUAAGGAGAUAGUAUCACGUGUGUGUGGUCGAGAAACGCCUCCCUUUCGUCCGGUGGUGAUGCCGGGAGGCGCCGGUGCUGGCCCCGAGUUGCUAGAGCUGGCUGAGCGUUGCUGGGCAGAGUCCCCAGAUGACAGACCAAGUUUUGAUACCAUCAACGCUAAUUAUAUAAAAGGAUACUGCGACAACUUAAUGGACGAUCUCUUAAGACGUAUGGAACAAUAUGCUAACAAUCUCGAAUCGCUGGUGGAGGAGAAGACUGAACAGUUGUCAUUGGAGAAGAGACGUUCAGAGGAAUUGCUCUAUCAAGUUUUGCCAAGGCCUGUGGCUCAGCAAUUAAUGGCUGGUGAAGUGGUCCAACCAGAGAGCUUUGAGAGCGUGACGGUGUACUUCAGUGAUAUAGUUGGGUUCACGGAACUCUGCGCAGCCUCCACCCCCAUGCAGGUGGUGGAUCUGCUCAAUGACCUGUACAGCACCUUCGAUAGAAUCAUCGGCUUUUAUGAUGUCUAUAAGGUGGAAACGAUAGGCGACGCGUACAUGGUAGUGUCAGGUUUACCUGAACGUAACGGAGAUCUUCACGCGAGAGAGAUCUGUCUCAUGGCCCUCGCCAUCGUGCAGGCUGUAAGGACAUUUGUGGUUCGUCACCGACCACCUCAUAGAUUGGAGGUGCGUGUUGGCGUACAUUCUGGACCAGUCUGCGCUGGUGUGGUCGGCGUCAAGAUGCCACACUACUGUCUGUUUGGAGACACAGUCAACACAGCCAGUCGUAUGGAGUCCACGGGACAACCCCUGCGUAUCCAUCUAAGUGAGAACACUAGGUUGCUGUUGGAACAGUGGGGUACAUUUAUAGUGGAGCGUCGCGGGGAGGUCGAAUUGAAGGGUCGGGGUCGGAUGCUGACUCAUUGGUUGUUGCAUUGUUCUGAGCAAGAAGCGCGCGUGGUGACCCCGGAUCCUCAACCACCUCAAUACCCUAUACUGUUCCCCGCACUGCCGCCUCUGAUGCACGCUCCAUACUUGGUUGUCGAUCCACCAACCCUGGCUGCUUAAAUCAUUGUCAUCUAGUCAAGUCAAGUUUGUCUAGUUAUCAUAUUAACUAAGGUGUGGGGUACUUAUCUAUAACAUCCCUUAGAAUUUAUUGUGACAUACUUGUUUUUAUUACAUUAACCAUUGUUUAUAAUACUAACGUAGAAAAUAUGGGCGGUAAAUUAAUAAUACAACAAGUUUAAUAACUCUUUCAAAAAAAUUAUGUUUGGAGGUGGGAAUUUUAAAAAUCUUAAGCGAUUUUUAUGUGGCCUGAACAAACUUAAAAAUAGUACCUAUUGUAUUAACUGUCAAGUAAAUUUGAAUUGCUUCUACUUGACAGUGAUUUAAACUUAUACACUCUUUUGAUGCUCUGUUCACAACUAUGGAAUUUCAUUUUGGUAUGAACUUUUAAAUAUUCUUGAUCUUAAAAACUUGUC